AUGGUACAGAGUCACCAAAAGUCCUACAUGGAUAUUAAGAGGAGGUCGUUGGAGUUUGAGGUGGAUGGUUGGGUACAUCAAGAAGUUUCACGCAUGAAGGAUGUUCUAAGGUUUGAGUUAGCAGUGGUUUAUCCGGUGUUUCAUAUCUCUAUGUUGAAGAAGUGCAUGGGUGAUCCUUCAUUGACUGUACAAAUCAAAAAUGUUGGAAUUGAGGAUAGCUUAUCCUAUGAAGAGAUUCCGCUUGAGAUUUUAGAUCAACAAGUUUGCAAGUUGAGGAUAAAUGAGGUUGCGUCAGCCAAGAUAAUCAUUCCUCCACGAAGAGCUGCAAGAGGUCAUCCAUCUAGGAAGAAUGUAGAGGAACAAUGGGUACCUAAUGCAGCUGAAGUGCAAACUCAAGGGAAAUUACCAAUGGUGAUUUCCGUAAGGAUAUAA